AUGCACCCAGAUAAAAUUAUUCAUUUGUUACCUCAUUUUGAAUAUGAUUCAACUUUAUUAUAACUGCUAAAUAAAUUGAAUAAUCAUCUUAGGUUUUAUUUUAUUAAAAGUAUGAUCAUAUUUAAAUUGGUGAAAGCAAAAAUAUAUAUUUACAAUCUUAAAGGUAAUUAUAUCAUUAAAAAGCAACACAUUUCAUGUUUUAUCAUGCAAUUUAAUAUAAAUAAUAAUUAAUAUUAAUAGGAUUUAAAGAAAGUGGAUUGCUUUAAAGAUUUAUAUUACAUUUUGAAUAUGGAUAUAUAGAAUAAUAUUAUAUUAUUGAUCCAAAUACAUUUUAACAUAAAUCAACCAAAUGCCUUUAAUAAUUAACAGAUGAAAGCGAGUUGUCUUAGCAUCUUAAUAUAAUUGCUUCUCUAGUUAAUAAUUCAACUAUUAAAUAAACAAAAAAUUCCAGAAAUCAGUAAAGUGAUUUAAUUUAUUUUAAUAAUAAUAAAAAUUAGAAGAAAAUGA